CUUAUUCCGGGGGUGAUUCUUGUAAAUCUCCUCUAGGCCCUCACCUGCGCCAGCGCAUCCUUCCUGACAUUUGGGGCCCAACAUUUUUCACAAUACUCCAAAUGCAGUCUAAUCAGCGCCUUAUAAAUCACAAGGAAACCUGAUGUUAAAUUCUCGUUUUAGUUCCCUCAGUCCCUACAGAGCUGUAUUCCACGGGUUACGUGUCUACAGAAUGGUUGGUCAUUAAAUAGCAAGAACAGGUUACUUCAGUCGAUUUGCAUGUACACAUAAUAAUACCCUAAAGUCAGCUCUUCAUUCAUCAAACAGCAAAUGAUCUCGGCAGGUCUGUCCACGGACUCACAAGUUUGGAAGGGCUCAUUAUGACUGAAUAUGCUGGAAAACACAACUACCCAGUAACAAGUGUAGAGCAGGGUAUAUAAUGCAGAUAAGUUGGGACAAGGAAAGUGUGACACAGAUUGCAAAACUCAGUCUUGCGGCGGGACUCGUAUUACCUGAUAUUUAACCGAAUACUUGACAUAAAAUAACAACGAAUGCUUGCCAGGACUCUGCUUCAACGUCUCCUGUUUCUAAAUAAUAAGUCUGGAGAUUGCAUAUUCUUCAUUGGACAAGGAAUAUAUUGAGCAGGAAGUGUAUUAACAGUUCCCCAUCUAUUUCACUUCUACUUUUCCUGUCCAAUUUCAUUUUUGGACAUUUUUCACCCGAACAUAGAUUUCCUACAUAUGUACUAUUCAGUCUGAAGAAUGUUCCUGACAGGAAAUAUCAUUUAUCCACGUAGUUUAGAAAUGCUGGUGCACGUCUCCCUUUGACUCUCCACUCUCACCUCCCAGUGACAAUCCUCUUCCACUACUACUGCCUCAACUUCCUCUCCCGUAUAUUACUCUUCCACUUCUUCCCCUGCCUUCCUUUACCCUCCCCUGUAACCAUAUUACACUUGUUCACACCUCUUUCUUCCCCAUUAGCAGAUUGAUUUAAUUGAAGGGCAAUGAACAUAUUAUUGUAAUCUUGAAUGCCGAGUUUUGUGUUGAGACAUCUAACAUUGUGCAAAUGUCCGUCUGUUCCGUGCUAGAUGUUCAACAGAAACACAAAGAGUCUCUGCGAGCACAGACUGAAAAGCUGAGAGUGAACACCAUCCUGAUGAAGGGGAAGGUUAAGGUUUUCCAGCUGCUUGAUCGAUACGCUGAGCUCACAAUCAUCUCCACUGUUCGUGAUCGGACACUGGUGGAACAUGAGUUGCUGGCAAGAGGCCGGGACCAUGAAGAGUGGAGAGAUCAAUGUCUCCAGAGAGAACUGGAAAAAAUCAAGACUGAUCAAUUGUUCCACAGCAGUUUUUCCCGGAGUAAAUCCGGAUCUGGGAGUUCAGCAUCAGUGGCCGGAGUCGCGGGGAUCGGAAAAACAACAAUGGUGCAAAAGAUAGUUCAUGACUGGGCCACGGGUAAAAUAUACCAAAACUUCCAGUUUGUCUUCAGUUUCAAAUUCCGGGAUUUAAACACGCUUAAUUGUUCAAUAAACCUGUCCAACCUGAUAGUACUUUUCUACCCUUACUUGAGGAACGCACUGGAUUAUAUCUGGAAGAACCCAGAGAGAUUGUUGUUUAUAUUCGAUGGUUUAGAUGAAUUUAAGUGCAAGAUAGAUUUUGCUGACAAUUGCACAGAACUGCAGCACAAGUGCCCAGAUCCCGAUGUCCGUUGCAAGGUGUCUGACAUUGUAUACAGUUUAAUACAGCACAAGCUGCUCCCAGGGUGUUCAGUGCUAGUGACAACCCGCCCCACUGCGUUACAUUUAUUGAAAAAAGCAGAUAUUAGUGUCUGGGCAGAAAUCCUGGGAUUUGUUGGUGAGGAACGGAAGGAAUAUUUCACCAGGUAUUUUGAAGAUCAGACGGUGGCAGCAGCUGUUUUCAAACAUGUGAAGGAGAACGAGAUCCUGUACACCAUGAGCUACAACCCCUCCUACUGCUGGAUCCUCGGCCUGACACUGGGCCCCUUCUUCACACAAACACACCGGGACCCGCAGCGAGUUCCCAAGACCAUCACCCAACUAUAUUGCUAUUUUAUUUACAACAUCCUGAAAAACCACGGCCGUGAGAUUGAGAGCCUCCGUGAGGUGUUACUGAGGGUUGGUCAGAUGGCCUUCCAUGGAGUGUCCGAGAAAAACAUUGUGUUCACAGAUGGAGAUUUGAUCAAAUACAAUCUGCAGCCUUCCCAGUUCCUGUCCGGGUUCCUGAUGGAACUUUUGGAGAGAGAGGAUUCAGCCCGGAGCGUGGUGUACACCUUCCCGCACCUCACCAUCCAAGAGUUUGUAGCCGCACUCGCACAAUUCCUGACUGUAGAUCCCAGGAAUAUCGUGAAACUCCUGUCUGAAGCCCACAGCACGACAGACGGGCGAUUUGAAGUAUUUCUCCGUUUUGUCGCUGGUCUCCCCUCCCCACGGACAGCUCGGGUCCUGGAGGAGUUUCUGGGUCAAUUUCCUAAUGAAACAAUCUGCCGAGUGAUUGACUGGGUGAAGGAGGAGGUUAAACGCCAGGCUGGAAACACAUGGAGUGAAGCUGAUAAACGGAGCCUCCUGAACACGAUGCACUACCUGUUUGAGUCUCAGAAUCCUGCACUGGCUCAGCAGACACUGGGAUCUGUAGAAACACUUUCAUUCCGUGGACUGGGACUGACCCCGAUUGACUGUGCGGUCCUGUCUCAUGUCAUCAGGCACUGUGAUACAAUCAAACACCUCGAUCUGAAGGACUGCCGCAUUCAGUGUGAAGGUCUCCAGCGGCUGGGACCAGCUCUGCACAAGUGUCAGGACUUGAGACUGGGAUUCAACGAUCUGGGAGAUUCCGGAGUGAAACUUGUGUCCGCGGCUCUGAGGAACCCGGACUGUAAAAUACAGGAACUCAAGCUGAACAGUGUCGGUCUCACAGAUUCUGGGGCAGAUGAUCUCGCCUCCGCUCUCAGUACAAACCUCUCACUGACAGAGCUUUGGCUCGGUGCUAACAGUCUGGGAGAUUCCGGAGUGAAACUGGUGUCUGCGGCUCUGAGAAACCCGGACUGUAAAAUACAGAGACUGUGGUUGAACAAUGUCGGUCUCACAGAUUCUGGAGCCGAGUAUCUCGCCUGCGCUCUCAGUACAAACCCCUCACUGACGGAGCUGGAACUGACAAACAACACCCUCACAGACCGAUCUGUCCCCGCUCUCCGCCGCCUUAUACUGACCCUCCCGAGACUGGAGCGGAUCAGGCUGGGAGCGAAUAAGAUCAGUUCGACUGGGAAGAAGGAACUGAGGUCGCUGCAGGAAGCCAGGCUCGGUCUGAGAGUGGUCAUGUGA